AUGGUGAAGAAACACAAUCUUGAAAAUAAUGAAUGGCUCUCCGGGUUGUAUAAAAUUCGUGAUAAAUGGGCAAGGUGCAUGAUGAAAGAAAGAUGGACCGCGGGAAUGCGAAGCACCCAAUUCAGCCAAAGCCUAAAUGCAGCAAUUAAAAAUCAUUUGAAACUGGAUCAUGACCUUGUGCAGUUCUUUAGACAUUUCAAUCGGGUGGUUGAUGAAAAGAGACAUAAUGAACUGAUUGCAGAAUAUGAAAUGAGGCAAAAGUUCCCCAUGGUAGGGUUAAGGCAAACACCUAUGCUUGUGCAUGCAUCAGAGACGUAUUCACCAACCGUAUUUGUUGCAUUCCAAAAUGAAUAUGGCGAGUCAACAACUAUGGUUAUAUUGAGACAACAAGAUGCAACGAUGUUUGUGGAGUUUGCGGUCAUGAGGUAUGAUGGAGGACCUGAAAGAAUAGUAGUAUUCAAUCGGAAUGAUCUAAGUGUACAUUGCAGUUGCAAAAAAUACGAGAAUGAAGGCAUUUUAUGUGGGCACGCGUUGAAGGUGUUUGAUACCGUGGGCAUAAAAAUAAUUCCUCCUGAAUACAUUAAGAGGCGAUGGACAAAAAGAGCUCGGACUGGAGACUGUUUUGAUCGGCGAGGACAGGAAGUUGUGGCUGAUCCUAAAGUAAUGAUUUCAACUCGUUAUCGGGAGCUCGCUCCAGCCAUGAUUAAGGUCGCAACUCGAGCAGCAAUGUCGGAGGACACCAGCAAAGUAGCAAUCACUGUCAUAUCCGAUUUGUCAAAGAGAGUUGAGCUCCUCCUCUCAGAAAGCGAAGAGCAACCUUUGCAAAAUCAAAAAAAUCUGAAUAUGGAGGAACGAGAUAAAAUUGAAAUUGUAAAUGAAAUGGGGGAGGCAGUAGUCGCAAGAGGCAUUAAAAAACGAGGCGGUGGGAAGAAAAGUAGAGUGAUGCGAAGUUGGGUCGAUAAAUUUGACAGAGUAAAAAGAAAAUCUAGAUUAUCAAGAACUACACAGACUACGGUCUCAGAAUCGGAGCCGACAUCGGUUUCAUUUGAGGAAUACAUGUUUAUGGGAUGCCGUUCAUCUACUGACUCUGUUUCGACGCAUUCAAUGAGUCAGACAGUGAAUGGCCCUCCAAAUGUUGUUGCUCCCGAUAUCGAUGAAAGUCAAACGGUCCACCGUUUGGCUAAUCAGGGGCCUCCUGCAAGUGUCCCUACAGAAUGGAUGCAUCCCAGAUUUUCUAUUUUUUCCAAGCAUAACUCCGUCAGAGAUGUCUUAAUGGAGGAGCGUGGGGCAAUUUCAACACACUGUGAUGUUGAUGCAUAUCAUGUAUUUGCACCAUCACCUCAGGGAAGAAAUAACACACAGGGAUUGCAACUACGCGUUGACGUCGCCUCCCCCCAGAAUGAGGUUGAUGAAUGA